CGUUUUUGAAGACAUCGUAAAAUUCGGUUGCCGCGUAGUUCAUUCAUGGACGGUACAUCGGGAUGGCUUUAGGACGCAAGAAUGCUGUAAGUUUGUUUCUUACUUCUUUUGUUUACUGGGUCAGCUCUAUGUCUUCUGUUUGUAAUUAAAUGUUUUAAGUAUAUUUCGCUUUACUUCCGGGAAGUGGUGAUAUGCUUUGCUAAGACCUUUAUUCUGGUAAGUUUAGUAAGGCAUUUGAAUUUGAACACACGUUAACUACAUCUAGUAUGAAUUGUAUCUACAGACUACGUAGUAAUAUAAAUUUCAGAACUGUCAUUGUUAAAUCAAUAUACGAGAGAUGAGUGUCAGUCACCACCAAAUCCACCCGGAAUAUUAAAAUGUCCUCCUGUGACAAGGAAAUGUAGUCAGUCAACAAAUAGACUGUUUUGAUACAAAGUGAUUAACAAAGUAUUCAUUGAAAAGGUUUUGGUCAGGAGAAAGCCGAGGAUGAGUUUGUUUGUGGUUACUUUUCAUCCAUAAGUUGUCAAGACAGUUUAACCAUUAGUCCGGAUGAUAUAUUCCUUCUUCAUCUAUGUGUCUUCAAGCACCUGAGAUGUAUCAUCAACCUGCUCUUAAACGUUAAGGUCUGAAGCAGUGCAUAAACCUCAGUAUAUGCAGCACAAUAUAUUUUUUUUCAGCUGUCACGUUUACCCAACCACUGAUUCCUAACGUGUGUAAGUUUGAACCAAGAACACUACAUUUCUUUUUUAUUCUGAGACCGGUAGUCACUGUCUGAUAAGUAAAUAUGGAUGUCCUCUUUAUUUAGUUUACCUCACGCACUGGGUGGAUAGUCAUGAUACUUAUUAUUUAUUUAUUUAUUUUAACACAUAGAUAUUGGUACAAGAAAGCACCAAAUACAUAUGCGCCACACAAAUCUUAUUCGAUAUGUGCGAGGGCCGUGAUACUGCCCGGGUGCCCAAACCGAAGCAGGUGGUUUUCUUAGGGGGCCACUCCCCGAGCCUUUGACCUAGAGGUCUGACCCACAAGGCAGUGGAGCAUCGUAAGGAGAUGCAGUCCCAUGGUAGCCGGUGACCAACGAUUGGUUCAUACGCCAUUUGUUCCCGCAGGAUACUGGAGCCCAUGUGCACCAUCAGUUUGGGAUCCGGUUAAAGCGCCGGACAUUCGCUUUUCGUCCUCUCAUUUUUGUAAAUAACACCCCCGCCACGAGAAGGCAGUGAGUAGGACUUCCCUGGCAGAGGCUAUAUACGCGUGGCCAUGUGAGAGCAUUUCGAGAGGGAGAGCGGACUUUCCCCACUCUCGGCCGUACCAGGGCAUUUGGGGGCCUAAUCGUUAAUUUUUCGUGAGGUGAGUCUAUAAUCUAUGGAAGAACCAUGAAAUUAACGACAGGUAGUCUAAAAUUUUAGCGUGAAGUUCAUUCAUCUAUGUGGUUAAAUGGCAUUUCUGCAUCAUAGCUGAUGUCAGUUCGUGUUGAAAACUCUUAUUCUAAUUCCUAACCUUAAAUUUAACUAGAUUCCAGUCCUAGUUUCUCGUACUAAUUUACAUUCCUCUAUUAAGCCUAGUAAGCAGGUUUUUCCCCAAGGUCGUUUUAACAUCGCCCAACGGUCGUUCACAAAUUUUAGUCUCACCACUCGUGAUACCACAUACCAUCGUAUGUUGUUUGUUUGAAAAGUUGGUUUUUAAUGAGAUUAUAACCAACACUGAAAGUUGUAUGGGGAUUAAUAACAAUUAGCAUAGAUGUGUCCGUAAAUAGUACUGCUUUCUUAUAUUCAAAUCUGAUACUUAAAAAGUGAAUCAAAAUAAUUCUAAAAUGAUUUAAAAUCGAUCUUGUCUGCUACAAGUCAGGUGUAUUUAGGUAUCGUCUGUAAAUGAAUGAAUAUAGAUAAGCACAAUUUAAGUAAAAUAUCAUGACUGAAGUGUGGCGUCAAUGGGUGUCUAUAGCCUAGAUACCGUCAUUUUAUAAAUGGCUGAUCGAACUCGUAACUAGUCCAAAAAAUUUCAGGAUAUCCUGUAAACCAAAGUAACCAGAACUAUUUAAGGAGGGAAGCUGAUUUCCACUGAUAACUGGCAAUUUAUGGUGUGUCCCAAAAAAGAACCUGAAUGUCAUCCAUUGGUAUCUUUUAGAUCAACCACAACCUAAAAUGUGAUCAGGGCUGUUGCUCGAAUCUGCUUACUCGUUCUUCUAGGGUCACGUUUCUCAUUAUUUAUUUAUUGAAAUCUAGAUAGUAGUACAGUAUGCACCACAUAAUAAGAGAAUGUGAUUGUGAAGAGGUAGAGAAAGGUGGGCAUAGUAUGUAAAACUAAAUGAAUAAAAACAGGUGAGUAGGAGUAAAAGAAAAUAAUAGCAAAAGCAGUUCAGUUCGGAAAAAAACGACCAGAGAGAUUUCUUUCAGUCGUAGAAGUUACUCUUACUUUCGUGAAGAAAGUGAAAGUUACAGCAGGAUCACUACUGGCUUCUGUUCUAAGCCAUGUAUAAUCUGUCGAACAAUUGUGUUUUUCUGUCUUCAGUAUUCUAACUAGGGAGUCCUGAAGGACCAACAGAAGCCAGUCUUGCACAGCUUUCCUUUGUGCCUUGGCAGCAUGUCAUACACUGACCACCUCGCCACUUUUCGCAGCCGGCAACCUAACAAUGCAUAAUUGUCUAUUAAUGAGGGUUCAAUCGAUUAGUGCUGCCUCAGCUCUAGCGCUUAAUGCAACUAAAACUAGAUGGUGUCACAGGGUCCCCGGGUAAACGCAUGUGAAAUAAGCCUUUCGAAGUGACAUAAGGAGAGCAAAUCUGUAGUAUUUCAGCAGAGUUUUGAAUAUGGGUAUCGGAUAGACAACAGACAUCAAUGUUGAUACUUUCUAAAGACAUAGCUAACCCUGUCUGUUGUCCGAUCUGCAUUAGUGUGCGAACGUUGAACGGGGCCAGUUUGAAUGGCAUACGUGGUUUCAUAAAGGCUGUUUCAGAUUUCGUAUUCAAUGGUAGUGCUCAACUUUCGACUGGUCAGUGACGCGAGAUCGUUUAGAUAGAACAGAUUUUCCACCAUAGAGGAGCUGCCAUGGGAGUUGAAAAAUAAAGGAAUGUACAAAAUGGGUAUAUACUAAUAAACAAGUGACAUAAUGUAAAAUAAAAAUAAGUAUUAAUAAGUAGUUGUGUGAUUUGCGGGUAUGAGAAUUAAAGCGCGAAUAGUUUUUGUAAUUGUAGUCAUAAUUUAGCUAGUGAACGGGUUAGCAUACCGCCUUGAUGCUCAGAUCGAAGCAGAUGGUUUUUUACAGAGCUACUUCGCGGGCAUUUGAUGUGGAGGUCCAAUCCACAAGAUGGUGGAGCAUUGUUAGGAGAUGCGAUCCCAUGUUAGCUGAUGACCGAUACACCAUUAUUCCAUAGGAUCCUGACACUCAUGUUCACUAUUGGUUUGGAAUCCGAAUUUUUCCAUUCACCUAGGUGACCCCUCCGUAUUCAUAUUUCAGUAGCAAACCACUCGUGUCUGACCUCUCUAGGACCUAAGUUUUCUAACUCAUCUUUUCUACAAAAAAGGCAGUAUCACUAAAGUUGGUAAUUUUAAAAAUGCUAAUUUAAUAGUGGUUUUCGUUUAGAGAGAUAUUGACAUCCAUAUUAAAGUGGGGAAACAUUACCUAUGGUAUUUGGAUCAAAAUACAGUUUUCUCAAAAACUAGUAAUGCUCUUUUUGAAUUUGAUCGUUAGACUCGUCUACCUCCAGAGGUAAAUAGAAUCUUGUUGGUGAAAAACCUACCCUAUAACAUAUCAGCGGAAGAAAUGUAUGAUAUUUUCGGCAAGUACGGUGCUAUCCGUCAAAUUCGUAUCGGCAACACCCCUGAAACGAAAGGAACUGCUCUGGUUAUCUAUGAAGACAUUUUUGACGCUAAGAACGCUUGUGAUCACCUCAGUGGCUUUAACGUUUGUAACCGAUAUCUCGUAGUUCUGUACUACCAGAGAAACAAGCAAUUCAAGAAAACUGAUGUAGACAAAAAGAAAGAAGAAUUAGAUCGAUUGAAGGCAAAAUAUGGAUUAAAUACUCCGAAAAUGAAAUGAUUCAUUUCACAACGAAUCUGGAGCUUUUCCGUAGUUUUCUCACACCGGACGUCCUUAAAUUCUUGUGCAAAUAAAACUUAUACCUUUGACAAAAUAAUCAAUAAAAUGUAUAAAAGUAACGUGAUCAUUUUUUGACAGUAAACUUCAGAUAUUCUGAUUACAUGAACAAAAUGUAAUCAUGUUGCAGUUGUGCUGUUCUAUAUAUAUAAAUAUAAACCAAAUGUAAUAAAACAGAGGAAAUUAUUGUUUGCAAAGCAACC